UUGAUUUUUGGUUACUUUCCCAUAUGCUUCCUUCUCUAAUCUCCCUCUUCCUACAGAAAAGAAACCAUUGAGAAGAUGUUCAAAAACACCUUUCAGUCAGGGUUUCUCUCCAUUUUAUACAGCCUCGGGAGCAAACCUCUGCAAAUCUGGGAUAAAGAAGUUGUAAAUGGGCAUGUAAAGCGACCCCAUGAUGAUGAUAUACAAUCGAAUGUAUUGGAAAUAAUUGGAUCGAAUAUUCAAUCCACCUAUAUCACUUGCCCUGCUGACCUUGCUGCUACGCUUGGUAUUAAGCUUCCGUUCUUGGUUAUGAUUGUUAAGAACUUGAAGAAAUAUUUCACUUUUGAGAUUCAAAUUCUUGAUGAUAAGAAUGUACGGCGUCGUUUCCGUGCUUCUAACUUUCAAGCUGUCACUCGAGUAAAGCCAUAUAUAUGCACUAUGCCAUUGAAAUUGGAUGAGGGUUGGAAUCAAAUUCAGUUGAAUUUGGCUGAUUAUACCCGGAGGGCCUAUGGCACCAACUAUGUUGAGACUUUACGUGUUCAGGUCCAUGCAAAUUGCCGUCUUCGUAGGAUAUAUUUCUCUGAUCGCUUGUACUCCGAAGAGGAACUCCCACCAGAAUUUAAACUAUACCUUCCAAUGCAGAAAGCAUGAAAAUUUUCACCGGAGCACUUUGAAGCCAUUAUUUCCAACUUUCUAUGCUUCGAGAUUUCAAAAUGUUUUACCAUUCUGUAUUAGUCAACAGUUUAGUCUGGUAUGCUUGGUUGUUAUAAUAGUAAUAGAAUUUGCACUUCACAAUAGUGUAUUUUUAAUUAUCUCAACUGAUUUGCAACUCAAAAUGCAGUUCGGAUCCAAAUUAGAACACAAAAGGACCCUUUUUAGCCUUCUUGUUGGAUUCCUGAUGAAGUAAUUCAUGUUGGAUAUUUCAUUAACAGCUGAAGAAGCUCUGUUAUCUGUGCCGGUUAAUUCUCCGGCAUUGUUCAUGUAAAAAGAUGAAUUAGUUGAAAUGCAGACACAAGUUUGCUUAAAUGAACAUGAAAAAACAAAAAAAAUACUAUAAGUUGGAGAUUGAGGUUUUGUUUAAGUGGUAUAGGGAGUGAUAUGUUUCUUCGUGCAUGAAACAAUGAAUUGGACGAUCCAGCUUUUGAAUCAGACACAAAGAAAUGAUGACUUUUCCCAGUACUGCCAAAUUUCUUCCUUUGUUUUUGUUGUUUUGUUCUCUGCAAGAAAAACUAAAAUGAUUUGAAUCAUUUGUCUAAAAUCUAAAUCCUGUCUGUAACAUCGGAAAAAGGCAAAAAUUUUCCUUAAAACAAACAAGCAUUUCUAAACCCAUUCUGAAGAAGCAUUCUGUCAAUUUCUUAGUGGUUAUAAAUAGUAAA